AUGAGUUGGCUAUGGUGGAACGUGCGAGGGCUUGGGAAGCAACGCACCGUUCAUGAGCUUGCAUCGAUAAUGCGGGCACAAGAUCCUGCUGUCCUGUUUUUGGCCGAGACGUGGGCAGACGAUGAUAGGCUAAUGAAGAUUUUUGAUGACUUGCAUUUUGAUGAGAAAUGGGUUGUUCCAAGAGUGACAAGGGCAGGCGGUUUGGCCCUACUAUGGAAGAACACGAUUCAGAUUGAUGUGGACUCCUCCUCCCUUAACCAUAUAGACGUUAUAGUCAACAAAGGGAAGGAGGAUUCAUGGAGGUUCACGGGCAUUUAUGGGCUACUGGAGGCUAGCCGAAAAAGCGAGACUUGGAAUUUAAUUCGUAAUCUUCAUCGGAAAUACACCCUUCCGUGGUUGUGUGCCGGUGAUUUUAACGAAAUCCUACUGUCACAUGAAAAGCUUGGAGGGGGACUAAUAAGUGAAUCAGCAAUGAGGGAGUUUAGAGAGGUUGUGGAUGACUGUGGGUUUAUGGACCUAGGUUAUGUGGGAAAAAAAUAUACUUGGAGAGGCAAGAGAGGUGAUACCAUGGUGUUGGAGAGACUUGACCGUGCUCUUGCUACUCAUUCAUGGCUUGCUUUGAAUCCAGCAACAAGAGUUCAAUGUAUUCGGUCCAAUGCAUCUAACCAUUAUCCCAUUAUUAUUAAUCCUGAAGGGGUUGCAGAUAGACCAUGUAAACCCUUUAGGUUUGAGCACAUGUGGUUAAAAGAAAAUGGAUGCGGUGACACCGUGAAGGCAGUGUGGCUGUCUCCUCUCCCUGUUUCAAGCUCUCCGUUGAUGCAUGAAAAGAUAAAGCUUUGUGGUAUUAAGCUUAUGGAAUGA